AUGUCUACCGCUGCUGUUAUCAAUGUUUCCGAUGAGAAGAAAUUCAUUGACACAUACCUAGAAUUAAUGAAAUUAUCUAAAAAUGAACCAUUAGAUAAGUUCAACUCAACACAAGAUUACAACAAGUUGGAAUCUUUAGGUCCAAGUUUACCGAAAUUCACUUACAAAUUCCCUACUCCAGAAGGCAAAAGUGAACAAGUAUCCACUGUUACUUUAAAGUUUAAAUCUAUUAAACCUCCAUAUAAAUUCCUGACUGAAUUGAGUGAAAUCCCAUCUAACUAUACUAUAUAUAAAGUUAAAGUCAAGUUGAUUCAAACAGUGGAUAUAUUAAAGGGACUUACACCAGCUGAUUUGAAAUUAUUGGUUAAAUCAAAAGUUGUACAAGAUUCAGCAGUUGUUUCUACAUUAGACGAUACAUCGUUCAAUUGUAUGGUUUCUGCACCAAAGGUUGUCAAACAAGAAGAGAAGGAAAUUGAUCCAGAAACAUCAACAAUUGUUUCUCCUACAAUUUCUUGGGAUAAGAUAUAUGAUAUUAUAUUACAAGAUGUCAAAGACGACACCAAAGCUAAACAAAUCCUUGAUAAAUUCAAAUCAACUAUUUAG